GUCUUAUGACAUCAGCAUUUUAAUGGUGCUUUGUAAACCAGAAAAUGUACAAUGAUUGGAUUUUCCAUUUUGUUGACAUGCUUCAGAAAGAAUGUUCUGGAGGCCUUUAUGUCAGCUGUGCUGCACAUGUUAGCAUCCUAACUGGGAAUAAUGCUAAAAAUAGAGGCUCUAGUUGCAAGCAGACAGGUUCCUCUGGUUCUAAGAAUGAAUUUUCGCCUCAGGACAUUUCCAGUAGAUAACAAAGUUCCAUCCUAAAUUGCAAAGUUGGAUGAUGUUUGGCUGGGUCUGCUGUCCACAGAGCUUCAGUGCAGCCCUGCUGCUCCAUCAUGGAGAUCAUCAGGUUUCGUGGGGGGCUCUCAAAUUCUCCUAAAGGGCUUCAUCUGCAGAUUGACAGGAAUGCAUAUUGUUUUAGCAGAAAUGGUUAAGCUUUUGCGGAUAUUUUCUGGGGCAGGAAACAUUUAUUUUCUAACACUCCUUGCAAGAUUACAGGUUAAUUUGUUAAAAAAUCCAAUUAAUUAAACUCGCCUGAGACUGAAGACUCGAAAGGAAUACCAGAUCCUCUUUACUUCUGUGCUUUUACUCUUUAGCUUGGUUUCUUUUCAUCAGUUAAAUGCUGAUCAAACCAUAACCAAACUAUGAAAAAAACUGCUCUCUUUGACGGAAUUGUACAGAUCUUUUCUCUGUUAUUUGCUAAAAAGCUUGUUCUAGUUGAGGGUCAGAGGAUGAAGGUCAUUAAACUCAUUUGGUUUCAAAAAGGAGGAGUUGCUGCCAGAAUUCACAACCUUUGUGUUUGGUUCUUCCCAUUCAGGUUUUUUUCACCUUCUUCAGCAUUUACAUCCUCAUUUGAACUCUGUGUUUUAGCACUUUUGUUGGAAUAAGUUAUGACCAAUGAGCUUGACUUCAAAUUCAAGUGAUUUUGGAAAAUCCUUUUGACUCAUUGGAGGACUACAAACAAACUUUUCCUCCAUAAUCUGUCUUCCUCCACCUCCUCAUCUGAAUAUCUGCUUCUCUGUGCUACCUGAUGCUCCGGAAAACUUAAGAUUUAGUCCAGAAGAUGAGGUUGCACAGCUGCUUUACAAGUGAGGCGCUGCACCGUUCUUAGCGUGGGUUCCUGGUUCCACGACUGUAAGACGCGCCCAGUGGGUGUGACCUGUUUCCCUGCAGCAUGUCUGCUGAUGGCCAGAUGUUUCCCCUCUAUAUGUCUCCCAUGUUCCUUUGCUUCAAGCACACCUAUAUGGGGUUUUUCCACUGGUCAUUGUUCUUAGGCUCCUCCCUGCUUGAUCGAAGCCUGUCGGCACAUAGUGACAGGUGUUUGAUGUCAGUCGCACAUCUGGCUCUUGACGUAUGUCAAGUCCCUUGAUCUCAUGUGGAAACGAAGACUAGGAUGGUAAGCAGCCAGCCGAAGUACGAGCUGAUCCAGGAGGUGGGGCGUGGCAGUUACGGCGUGGUCUAUGAGGCGGUGGUGAAGCGCACCAGGGCCCGGGUGGCGGUGAAGAAGAUCCGCUGCCACUCUCCAGAAAAUGUGGAGCUGGCCUUGCGGGAGUUCUGGGCCCUGAGCAGCAUCCAGAGCCAGCACCCAAACGUCAUCCACCUGGAGGAGUGCAUCCUGCAGCGGGACCAGCUGGCCCAGAGGAUGAGCCAUGGCUCCAGCUCCCCACUCUACCUGGAGCUGGUGGAGACGUCUCUGAAGGGAGAGAUCACCUUUGACCCCUGCUGUGCCUCCUACCUCUGGUUUGUCAUGGACUUCUGUGACGGGGGUGACAUGAACGCCUACCUGCUGUCCCGCAAGCCCAGCCGCAAAACCAACACCAGCUUCAUGCUGCAGCUGGGCAGCGCCUUAGCCUUCCUGCAUCGCAACCAGAUCAUCCACCGUGACCUCAAACCAGACAACAUCCUCAUCUCGCAGGCCUGCACCCCCGCCGGGUCGCCCGAGCCCACCCUCAAAGUGGCCGACUUCGGGCUGAGCAAAGUCUGCUCCGCCUCCGGGCUCAACCCAGAAGAGCCGGCCAGCGUCAACAAAUGCUUCCUGUCCACGGCCUGUGGGACGGACUUCUACAUGGCCCCCGAGGUCUGGGAGGGCCACUACACGGCCAAGGCGGACAUCUUCGCCCUAGGAGUGAUCAUCUGGGCCAUGGUAGAGCGGAUCACCUUUGUAGAUGUGGAGACUCAGAAGGAGCUGCUGGGCAGCUAUGUGCAGCAGGGCUCAGAGAUCGUCCCCUUGGGGGAGGCCCUCCUGGAGAACCCCAAGAUGGAGCUGCCUAUUCCUGCCCGAAAGAAGAGCAUGAACAGCCGCAUGAAGCAGCUUCUGCGGGAGAUGCUUUCAGCCAACCCGCAGGAGCGGCCCGACGCCGUGGAGCUGGAGCUCAGACUGAUCCGGAUCGCCUGCAGGGAGCUGGACUGGGACAUGUGAGGCGGGGACCGCCCUCCCAGCUCAUGAGCUUCUUCUCCCCCUCUAGAUCAUAAAGUUGUGUGUAUUUUUGCAGAAUAACUAGUGCAGGCAUCAGUUUUAAGGGGUUUGAACUUCUUGUGCCUGGAAGGGGGAGGGGCUCUCCAGUGACUCCACCCCCUUCCAGCUGAUCCAAAAGCAGCUGCAUUUUGACUUCGGUGCUAAACGUUUCUAAAUGCAAUACGUUUUUAUGAGACGUGCUCCUGUGAUCAUCCGUCUGCAUCGGCGACACACCCUUGACCCCCCCCCCCCCCCCCCGGUGGGCUGUGUCCGGUCUUCAGGCAGACCUGAGGCCUAGAAGGAGCCCUGAACGCUCAGGAAACCAUGCAGCUGCUCUGACCGGACAAAGGUUCUUUUGAUCGCCCGUCCGGUUUGCUCCUCCCACCUUCCUUCUCUCCAGUGCAGUCAUUCUGUGCUCGCCAGUGCCUCUGUGAGGCGUGGAUUGGUUGCUGCUCCUAACUCUGUCACCUCUAGUUUUUAAACAGGGCAGAGCUGCUUAUAACACCUCAGAGGGUUCUGGUUCACAGAGAGUUUAGAGAAACCGGAACAUGACUCCACCUGAUAGCAGAAUUAAAGAAUUUCAGUGUUCUGUUGAAGGUCA